AUGAAGCGCCAUCCCCUAGCCCUGGUCUCAUUUGCCAGCUUAGCUGCUGCGCACUCAAUCAUGAUCCGACAAGAAGCAAAGCCGGCCCCAGAACGUGUGGAUAAGUUUCGGGUCCAGUUUUGUGUAAAAGACGGACUUCAAGAAUGCGACGACGCACUAGUGCUGUGCCGCAAGGAGCAAAUGCCUAUAUGGGACUGUAUGAGCGGUAAGAGCAAGGCUUGCAUUGUGGACGAUGCGUCUGCUUGCAUUGAUGCAGUUGAGGAAUGCCUUAAUGAGCCGAACACGAUUGGCACCGGGGCAGAAGAUGGCGAUGAAGAUGUCAGGGAUUGCAUCCUGCCGAAGCGUGUGGCUGACGGCAACACAAACGCCGACGCGGGUAACAACCCGACUACAGACGCGGUCCCUGGCGCCAGUGACCAGAUAGAGGAUCAAAACCUGAUUAAGUGCGGAGAGGCAUCCCAGGUUUUUGACCUGGCAUCCAAGGCUUAUGAAGAGGCAUCCAAGGCUUUUGAAGAGGCCUGGAAUAGGAACGGUUGCGAACGUUAUAUCGAGCAACUCGAGGCAAAUAGUACUCUCUCGAACGAUGUGGAUUGA